AUGUCCUUCACUGUACAUAUUUUCUCUCUUCUCUUGCCCACCUACAAUCCCUCCUACACCCAGACUCUAUUAGAAGCCCACUACCAAGCAUCACUUAUUCUCGGAGAGCCGUUCAAACGCGACGCCAUCUUUGAUUUUGGUCACCAGGAGACAAUGGCCGGGGUACACCGACUCCUCCCCAUCAUUCUCGACCACCUCCUUACUCCGCCACCAGAGGAGAGUUACUCCAUACUCCGCAAGUACUCGGGAGCCUUUCUUCUCUGUUCGAGGCUCGGGGCUGCCUUAAACUGCCACGAAAUGUUCUGGAGAAUAUAUGGACGGUACAACUUCUCCGAGUAA